UCAUCAAAAUAUGUCUUCCUCAAAAUUAAUCUCUUGUCUAUUUUUCCUUUCAUCCAUUGCAAUGGUGAUUUCCACAGAUCCAUUAUUCCAUUUUUGUUCAAACUCUGAAAAUUUCACAUCCAAUAGUUACUAUGCACAAAAUUUAAAAAAUCUCUUAGGUGAUCUCUACUUGAAAACUCCUCCAACAGGGUUCUCAACUAGCUCAAUUGGGCAAAAUCAUGAUCAAACAAAUGGACUUUCUCUAUGUCGCGGCGAUGUUUCAAGCAAUAAUUGCAAAUCUUGUGUAUUAGAUGCUAGUGAAGAACUUGGAAAACGUUGUCCUUAUGAUAAAGAAGCCAUCAUAUGGUAUGAUAAUUGUCUCUUGAAAUAUUCCAACAAAGAUUUCUUAGGAAAUAUUGAUAAUACGUACAAGUUUUACAUGUGGAAUGUUCGCGUUGUGAGUAAUCCUGAAUAUUUCAAUGCAAAAACUAAGGAAUUGUUGGGGAGCUUGAGUGAAAAUGCUUAUAAAACGUCGAAUUUGUAUGCAAUUGGAGAAAUGGAGAUUGAAGAAAAUAAGAAAUUGUAUGGAUUGGUUCAAUGUACAAGAGAUAUUUCUAAUGAGGACUGUAAGAAGUGUCUUGAUGGUAUUAUUACUGAAAUUCCAAGUUGUUGUGAUGGAAAAGAAGGUGGAAGAGUUGUUGGUGGAAGUUGUAACUUUAGAUAUGAAAUAUACUCUUUUGUUAAUAUUCCUUAGAACUUAGAAACUAUAUGAUACAUGCUAUAUUGA